AUGGGAGGACGCGGGCGUAUUUCGCGGAAGUCGACGGUCAUUUUGCAGCCAGCAGUCACGGCCCCAACAAUAGCUUCGCCACGACUGAAUCUAAAUCCAUCAGUUUGCCCGUGGUGUUGGACGAGAUCACAGUAUCCAAAAUCAGCUUCACGGGCUGCCCUGUCUCACUCAAGGCGUCACUUCUCGAGCUCCUCUCCUCGAUCAUCAUGGGCCGCCACUGUGCAAAAGAUUCAAAGCACCGUCGCUGAGGUCCUCCCCUCCUCCGCCCGACAACCCUCUGGUAACAUUACCAUCGAUCCUCUCAAGAUUGUCGCGAAAGAAUUGAAAUUCCUAAACAAGAACAUCCGGCAGCUGCUUGGCUCGGGACACCCGAUCCUAGACACAGUUGCAAAGUACUAUACACAGAGCGAAGGCAAGCAUGUUAGGCCACUGCUCGUGCUGUUGAUGUCCAGGGCGACUGCUUUUGCUGCGAAGCAGCCGCGGCCAAGAUACGAUGUGCAGCAUACUUUGUCCAGAGGCGCUAUUGACACGCCCAUCACGAACCCGUCGGUGCUUCUUGACCAGAACCCAGACCAAGACCGACCUACAUAUUCUUCUUCCGUGUCGCCGUUGACAGCGGCCUCAACUGAGACAGAAUACGCCUUCCCCAAUGACGCCACCAUUCUCCCUUCGCAGCGGCGGCUGGCAGAGAUCACGGAACUCAUUCAUACCGCUUCGCUCCUCCACGACGAUGUGAUAGACCACUCGACCACACGCCGCUCCGCCCCCUCCGCAAACACCACAUUUGGAAAUAAAAUGGCUGUGCUAGCAGGAGAUUUCAUGCUCGGUCGUGCCUCCGUUGCGCUCGCUCGAUUACGAGAUCCUGAGGUCACAGAGCUGCUUGCGACAGUGAUCGCUAAUCUUGUGGAGGGCGAAUUCAUGCAAUUGAAGAACACGGCGAGUGAUGAAAAGAAUCCCAGCUGGAGCGAGCAGACGAUUUCGUACUAUUUACAAAAGACAUACCUGAAAUCCGCAAGUCUGAUCAGUAAAAGUUGUCGUGCGGCCGCGUUACUCGGACAGUGUGCCCCGAAUGUAGUCGAAGCAGCAUAUCAGUAUGGAAAAAAUCUGGGAUUGGCGUUUCAACUUGUGGAUGAUAUGUUGGACUAUACAAUAUCUGGAUCCGAACUGGGAAAGCCCGCAGGUGCGGACUUGGAGCUAGGUUUGGCGACGGCGCCGCUAUUAUUCGCAUGGAGAAAUAGGCCAGAGUUGGGGUUGUUGGUGGGUAGGAAGUUUUCAAAGGAAGGUGAUGUUCAGAAGGCAAGGGACAUUGUCUCGCAGAGCGACGGACUCGAGCAAACACGGGCCCUGGCACAGGAAUAUGCUGACAAGGCUAUCUCCUCAAUCAGCGCCUUUCCGCCCGGAGAGGCCAAGGAUGGCCUAGAGGAGAUGUGUGUAAAGGUCAUGAAGCGUCGAAAAUGA